AUGUCCCAGGCCUUGGAGCACACAGAUGGCGGCUGGGCCUGGGUGGUACUGCUGGCCACGCUGGUGGGCCAGGGCCUUACCCUGGGCUUUCCUACAUGCAUCGGCAUCUUCUUCACCGAACUGCAGCGGGACUUCCAGGCCAGCAACAGCGAGACCUCCUGGUUCCCCUCCAUCCUGACAGCUGUACUUCACGCUGGGGGCCCCCUGUGUGGCAUCCUGGUGGGACGCUUCGGCUGCCGAGCCACUGUGAUGCUCGGGGGCGUGCUGGCCAGCCUGGGCAUGGUGGCCAGCUCCUUCUCCCGCACACUUAGCCAGCUCUACUUCACGGCAGGAUUUAUCACAGGCCUGGGCAUGUGCUUCAGCUUCCAGCCGUGCAUCACCGUGCUGGGCUUUUACUUCGUCCGCCGGCGAGCCCUGGCCAAUGCGCUGGCCUCAGUGGGCGUCUCCCUGGGCAUCACGCUCUGGCCACUGCUCUCUCGCUGCCUCCUGGAGGACCUGGGCUGGAGGGGUGCCUUCCUUGUCUUUGGCGGGGUCAUUCUGCACUGCUGCGUCUGCGGGGCCAUCCUGAGGCCUGUGGCCUCCCAUGUGGCCCCUGAGACCAGAGAGGGUCCCCCUCCAGCGCCCAAGACCCCUGCGCUUGGCUGCCUGGCCAUGUGUGGCCGGACCCUGCGGCGCCACCUGGCCUUCGACGUCCUGUGGCACAACACACAUUACCGCGUGUUCACGCUGGGCGUGAUGUGGAUGAUCCUGGGUUUCCCGCUGCCGCACGUCUUCCUGGUGCCGUACGCCAUGCGGCACGGGGUAGGCGAACCACAGGCGGCCCUGCUCAUCUCCAUCAUCGGCCUCAGCAACAUCAUCUUGCGGCCCAUGGCCGGGCUGCUAGCACUCCAGCGGGGCUUUGCCAGCCACCGCAAGUACCUGUUCGCCCUGUCGGUCCUGCUCAACGGGCUCACCAACCUGGUGUGCGCGGCGUCGGCCGACUUCUGGGUGCUGGUGGGUUACUGCCUGGUGUACAGCGUCUCCAUGAGCGGCAUCGGCGCCCUCGUCUUCCAGGUCCUCAUGGACAUCGUCCCCAUGGACCGGUUCCCCAGCGCCCUGGGCCUCUUCACCAUCCUGGAUGGCGCUGCCAUCCUCAUCUCCCCACCUCUGGCCGGGUUCCUCCUGGAUGCCACCGACAACUUCAGCUACGUUUUCUACAUGUCAAGCUUCUUCCUCAUCUCGGCCGCCCUCUUCAUGGGCGGCAGCUUCUAUGCCCUGGAGAAGAAGGAGAGGCAAGGUAGGCAGGCCAAGGAGGAAGAAGCCAUCAAGCAGGCUGCCUUGGAGCAGUGUCUUACUUUGGAAGGCAGAGACGUUUCUGGGAAGCAACUGUGCCCUGAGAUCAUGUAUGUGACCAGCGUCUGA